AUGACUUCCCCCUCGACGAUUGCCUCGCGCUUCCUCUCGCAUCCUAACCAGCUCGGUGUGGUCGCAGUUGGUUUCAAUGGCGGACAGUGCAAGAAGGGUGUCGAGGCAGCCCCCAUGGCCCUCAUCGAAUCAGGGCUUCUGAACCAGCUCAGCGAGGAUCUCGACUACGAAGUCCACCACGACAACACAGUCCACUACUAUGAGAAGGACAUCCCCGACGAAGACCCCGACUUCCGUGGCAUGAAGAAGCCCCGCGCCGUCAGCGCCGUCACCGAGAAGCUCAGCUCCCAGGUCCACAACUACGCCAAAGAUGGCAAGUUUGUUCUCACUCUUGGCGGAGAUCACUCGAUCGCCAUCGGAUCUGUCUCCGGAACCGCGAAGGCGAUUCGCGAACGGUUGGGUCGCGAGAUGGCUGUGAUCUGGGUCGACGCCCACGCUGAUAUCAAUACUCCCGAGAGCAGUGAUAGUGGCAACAUCCACGGCAUGCCCAUGGCGUUCCUAACCCGGCUGGCCCGGGAGGAGCAGCGGGAUGUCUUUGGCUGGAUGAAAGAUGAGCACAUUGUGAACACACAAAAGCUCGUCUAUAUCGGUCUGCGGGAUGUGGACCGUGGUGAGAAGAAGAUUCUCCGCGAGAAUGGCAUCAAGGCAUUCAGCAUGCACGAUAUUGACCGUCAUGGCAUCGGUCGCGUUGUCGAAAUGGCCCUCGCCCACAUUGGCAACGAUACCCCCAUUCACUUGUCGUUCGAUGUGGAUGCCCUGGACCCCCAGUGGGCUCCCAGCACUGGUACCCCGGUCCGCGGGGGACUGACCCUGCGUGAGGGAGACUUCAUCUGUGAAGCGGUGCACGAGACUGGAAACCUGAUUGCCAUGGACUUGGUGGAGGUGAACCCCAGCUUAGAGGAGAAGGGCGCAUCAGAGACCAUCCGCGCGGGGUGCUCACUGGUGCGGAGCGCAUUGGGCGACACCCUUCUGUAA